CGUCCCUCGCUAGUACUUCAAGUAUUAAUUCGGUACGUUACUUGAAAAUCCCUCCUCGAAUUGGACUUUGCCAAGACUCAAGCUUCGGAACGUUAUAGUCUUGCUCGUACCCGUUGGAGACGGCAUGCAGUCAGAUCGUCCCUUCUAGUUCCAUUCCUUCAACCGCCUCUUCUUCAGAAACCUCAUCGCUUCCUCCAACGUCCUCGGCGGGCGCUUCCAAGAAAGGGCAUUCUACAAUCUCGAUCAUCCUCAUCGCUCUCCUUUCCGUCUUUGUCAUCAUGGCGGUCGUUCUCCUUGCAUAUAGACUACGCAGGUGCUUCAACAACAGGCGCGCCCUGGCGAGACGGCGCCGUUUACGGCACCUGGCUGAUCUGACUUCCGAACCUGCACCGCGCGUUGCAAGCACAGUCGACGUCCGGUGCGACAGCCGAAUUUCAAGUCAAGCGUCACUCAUCAUGCCCACGCAGGAGACGUCCGUCAUUUCUGCCAACGCCUUCACCGUGGACUACCCUUCAACAGCCGGCAGCUCUACGACGACUUAUUCUACAUCGAAGCCUCCGCCGCUUUCGGGGUUGGCUCACAGUGAGAUUGCUCCGAUGCCCGCGUCCGAAGUGUGGCUCGUGGAAGAUGGGAAUCAUGGGAUCGUGCAUGCCGCCCCUCCUGCGAGCUCUCGCGAGGAGGUGGGGCGCGAUAAUCCACAUCCCAACGAUGCAUCAUAUCAUGCAGCAGCACACGAGGUUGGAGAUGACACGGGCAGCCACAGUUCAGCCUUUUGCGGCGAUCUCAAGCGCGAUCCCGGGGCGUGGAAACAAGAUAUCUCGCGGAUAGAUUCUGAAGGCGGGCAGCGUCCAAGGAGACUAAUGGGUAGAAAGAAGCCUCAGGGACUUUCGAUUUUGAUCACAGACAUUGCGACUGUAGGAGGGAGGACUGCUGUGCCAUAACGGACACGAUUGAGACCCGGACACUAUGGAGAGACCGGCAGAAACACUUACGUUCGCUUGGACUUUGAUAUCUGGCUAAUUGCGUAAUACCUGGGGAGUUUCUUGACAUGUACAACAGCCUCAGUUACUUUGACGAAUAUUUAUAUGUCU